AUGAGUGAUAAUACGCCAACACCUAGUAUAACGGCUGCUUCUUUACAACCUGAAUUGUGGACAUCAUCUUCAAAUGAUGCCUUACAAAUAUAUAUAACUGAUUCAGAUGGAACAGCCUUAAACUUUCAUCCAAAUUUUACAUACCCAAUAUUUGGGGACUCUGAACAGAUAUUUGGGUACAGAGACUUGGUGAUCUUCUUGUGCUUUGACCAUUGUACUUUUUACCCAUUUUUGAAUGUCAAAUAUAGUGAUAGAUUGAAUGAUGAUACACUCGAAGACCCUCGUGCAAAAUUAUUGAGUUAUUUACCGGAAUCUACUGUUUUUAAAGAUGAAGCCAAGUGGGCAGAUUCGAUAAGUAAGGAGAAAGAAGAUUUCAAGAUUCCUGGGGAGUUAAUUGGGGAUGUUUUCACUCUCGGAGAGGAUAAAUACGGAAUUUACAAGCUUGAUUUAAAGAAUGCACAAGGAUUAGAGCUCCAUAAGAGAUUGCAAAUCUUGGUAUUAUUAUUUAUUGAAGCAGGAUCGUAUAUUGACCACCAAGACGAGUUGUGGGAUAUUUAUGUCAUGUAUAAAGUCACUGAUGAAAAAACUCCAAGUAUUAUUGGGUUCUGUACGGCGUACAAUUAUUGGAAAUACGGAGGAUUUGACAAAUUCGACUCGAACCAACAGGAGGUCCGGAAGAAGAUUUCCCAAUUCAUUGUAUUGCCAAUGUUCCAGGGAUUAAAAUUGGGAGGACAUUUUUAUAAUAAAUUAUUUGAAUAUUGGAUGCAAGACCCCAGUGUUAUUGAAGUUGUUGUGGAGGACCCUAACGAAAGCUUUGACGAUUUAAGAGAUAGAUGUGACUUGACCAGAUUGUGUCAAAAUACUAUCAAGGUGGCGUCCGUUGACUUAGCUUUGAUUAACAGCGAAUGGGCAACUAAGUUAAGACAGGAGCAGAAAUUGGAAAAGAGACAAUUUUCGAGGUUAUUGGAAAUGAUUUUACUCUAUCAAUUGGAACACAGUCUUACCAAUGUCACCAGAAAGCAAGUGAGAUUGUUUAUUAAGAAGAGGUUGUAUGAGAAAAACAAAGAAAUAUUAGACGGGUUAGAUGAACCUACCCGCUUGGACAAGUUACAGACUGCUUAUGCAUCGUUGGAACAGGAUUAUAAGAGGAUUUUAUCCGGAUUGUCGUUGCACAAGCGUUCGCUUGAUACAACUGAAGCCAGUAGCAAGAAAUUCAAACUUAAUGUGUAG